GCGAGGUAUCGCAACACCAACACGUACCUGAGUGAAGAAAACUUCGAAAAUGGAGGAACUGGGAGAAGAUGAGCUUAUAAAGCUCGAAUACUUGUCUUUGGUUUCUAAAGUUUGUACAGAACUUGACAACCAUCUGGGAAUAAGCGACAAAGAUCUCGCGGAGUUUGUCAUCAGUUUAGCGGAGAAGAACACGACUUUUGAUGCCUUUAAGUCAGUCCUGUUGAAAAAUGGAGCUGAAUUUACGGACUCUCUCGUCAGUAAUUUACUUCGUCUCAUCCAAACAAUGCGACCACCAUCAAAAGAUUCAACAUCUAAAGAACAAGACUCAGAACCUGAUGUUAAAGUGAAGAACGAAAAGGACAAGCUCCGGGAGCUGUUCCCUGGUUUAUGUAAACCUGACAAUCCAGAGAUUACUAAAAAUUUGCUGGAUGAAGAUGACGUGAAGAUAGCUGCAGAUGCUAUGAAAGAGCUGGAGAUGUUCAUGCCCAGUAUUAGUGGAACAGACUCGAAGAGCAGCAAGAAAAAGUCAGAGACUGGAACCAGCAAGAGGAGGAGGAGCAGGAGCCGAAGCAGAGACAGAGACCGAGACCGAACCCGAGACAGGGACAGGGACCGGGACCGAGAUCGUCAUAGGGAUCGCGGGGACCGGGACCGAGAUCGGGAUAGAGACCGAGACAGGGAUAGAGACAGAGAUCGGGACCGGAGGCGACACCACCGUUCCAGAUCUCGCUCACGGGACGGGGACCGGGAGCGCCGCCACGAGAGACCCAGAGUGAGGGAGAGCCGCUGGCGCUCCAAGAGUCGCUCCGCCAGCCCCCAGAAAGACUCCGACCGCUGGAAGGACAAACACGUGGACCGGCCCCCUCCCGAGGAGCCCUCCGUGGGAGACAUCUACAGCGGCAAAGUCACCAGCAUCAUGCAGUUCGGUUGCUUUGUGCAGCUCGAGGGACUGAGGAAACGUUGGGAGGGCUUGGUUCACAUUUCUGAGCUCCGGCGCGAGGGCAGAGUGGCCAAUGUGGCGGACGUGGUCACCAAAGGUCAGAGAGUGAAGGUCAAGGUGCUCUCUUUCACCGGCUCCAAGACCAGCCUCAGCAUGAAGGAUGUAGACCAGGACACAGGAGAGGACUUGAACCCCAAUCGACGCAGGAAUGCUGGACCUGACGGCGGCGAGGAGUCCGCCAUGAGGAACCCCGACCGACCCACCAACCUCAACCUGGGCCACGCACCCGAGCUGGAGGACGACAGCCUGGAGCGCAAGAGGCUGACCAAGAUAUCAGACCCAGAGAAGUGGGAGAUCAAACAGAUGAUCGCCGCCAACGUAUUGUCCAAAGAGGAGUUUCCUGACUUUGAUGAGGAAACGGGUAUCCUUCCUAAGGUGGACGACGAGGAAGAUGAGGAUCUGGAGAUUGAGCUUGUGGAGGAAGAGCCGCCGUUCCUCCGAGGUCACACCAAACAGAGCAUGGACAUGAGCCCUGUCAAAAUAGUCAAGAACCCGGACGGAUCUCUGUCCCAGGCGGCCAUGAUGCAGAGCGCCCUGGCCAAGGAGCGGCGGGAGGUCAAGCAGGCCGCACGCGAGGCCGAGAUGGACUCCAUCCCCAUGGGACUCAACAAGCACUGGGUGGACCCCCUGCCUGACGCUGAUGGCAGGCAGAUCGCAGCCAACAUGAGAGGCAUUGGCAUGAUGCCCACCGACAUCCCAGAGUGGAAGAAGCACGCCUUUGGCGGAAACAAGGCCUCCUACGGCAAGAAGACCCAGAUGUCCAUUUUGGAGCAGAGGGAGAGUCUCCCCAUCUUCAAGCUGAAAGAGCAGCUCAUUCAGGCUGUCCAUGAUAACCAGAUCCUGAUUGUGAUCGGUGAGACGGGCUCAGGCAAGACCACCCAGAUCACCCAGUACCUGGCCGAGGCUGGCUACACCACCAGGGGCAAGAUCGGCUGCACCCAGCCCAGAAGAGUGGCCGCCAUGUCCGUGGCCAAGAGGGUGUCUGAGGAGUACGGUUGCUGUCUGGGACAAGAGGUGGGCUACACCAUUCGUUUUGAGGACUGCACAAGUCCAGAGACGGUCAUCAAGUACAUGACAGACGGUAUGCUGCUCAGAGAGUGUCUCAUUGAUCCGGACCUCGGCCAGUAUGCCAUCAUCAUGUUGGACGAGGCCCACGAGCGCACCAUCCACACAGACGUUCUCUUUGGCCUGCUCAAGAAGACCGUCCAGAAACGCACGGACAUGAAGCUGAUCGUCACCUCUGCCACGCUGGACGCCGUCAAGUUCUCGCAGUACUUCUACGAGGCGCCCAUCUUCACCAUUCCCGGCCGCACGUACCCUGUGGAGGUGCUCUACACCAAAGAGCCUGAGACGGACUACCUGGAUGCCAGUCUCAUCACCGUCAUGCAGAUCCACCUGACUGAGCCCCCAGGUGAUAUCCUGGUGUUCUUGACGGGUCAGGAGGAGAUCGACACGGCCUGUGAGAUCCUGUACGAGCGCAUGAAGUCUCUGGGGCCAGAUGUUCCUGAGCUCAUCAUCCUGCCGGUGUACUCCGCCCUGCCCAGCGAGAUGCAGACCAGGAUCUUUGACCCAGCACCCCCUGGCAGCAGAAAGGUCGUCAUUGCUACCAACAUUGCUGAGACCUCCCUGACCAUUGAUGGUAUCUACUAUGUGGUGGAUCCUGGCUUUGUCAAGCAGAAAGUGUACAAUUCUAAGACUGGUAUUGACCAGUUGGUGGUCACUCCGAUCUCCCAGGCCCAGGCUAAGCAGCGUGCAGGCAGAGCCGGUAGAACAGGCCCUGGUAAAACCUACAGGCUGUACACCGAGAGAGCCUACCGAGACGAGAUGCUGACCACCAACGUGCCCGAGAUCCAGAGAACCAACUUAGCCAGUACUGUGCUCUCGCUUAAGGCCAUGGGUAUCAAUGACCUGCUGUCGUUCGACUUCAUGGACGCCCCUCCAAUGGAGACCCUUAUUACAGCCAUGGAGCAGCUGUAUACCCUCGGAGCCUUGGAUGAUGAGGGGCUGCUCACACGUCUCGGCCGCAGAAUGGCAGAGUUUCCCUUGGAGCCCAUGUUGUGUAAGAUGCUCAUCAUGUCAGUGCAUCUGGGCUGCAGUGAGGAGAUGUUGACCAUUGUGUCCAUGCUGUCUGUGCAGAACGUCUUCUACAGGCCAAAGGACAAGCAAGCUCUCGCUGACCAGAAGAAGGCCAAGUUCCAUCAACCAGAAGGAGAUCACUUGACCUUGCUGGCCGUCUACAACUCCUGGAAGAACAACAAAUUCUCCAACCCCUGGUGCUAUGAGAACUUUAUCCAGGCCCGUUCCCUGCGCAGAGCACAAGAUAUCCGCAAACAGAUGUUGGGUAUUAUGGACCGGCAUAAAUUGGAUGUGGUUUCAUGUGGAAAGGCCACUGUUCGUGUGCAGAAAGCCAUUUGCAGUGGUUUCUUCCGUAAUGCUGCCAAGAAAGACCCACAGGAGGGCUACAGGACACUCAUCGACCAGCAGGUGGUCUACAUCCACCCCUCGAGUGCCCUCUUCAACCGACAACCAGAGUGGGUGGUGUACCACGAGCUGGUGUUGACCACAAAGGAAUACAUGCGUGAGGUGACCACAAUCGACCCGCGCUGGCUGGUGGAGUUUUCUCCGGCCUUCUUCAAAGUGUCCGACCCCACGCGCCUCAGCAAGCAGAAGAAGCAGCAGCGCCUGGAGCCGCUCUACAACCGUUACGAGGAGCCCAACGCCUGGAGAAUUUCCAGAGCCUUCCGCAGACGAUAGUCUCUCAAUACUUCUGCAUGAACUGCCAGUGGUCCUGUUUAUUGUAAGAGCACUCCAGUAUCACACAGGCGUUGCGUCACAAUUAAGUCCUUCUGUAAAUAAAUGUAAAACUUAUUUUAUGUUCACUCUAAGCCAUUUCUCUGACUAUUGCAGACUUAAAAUGCUUGGGAUCUUACUUUGGAAUAAUGUUUUUAUCAAGAGUGAAACUGCUUCUUUUUUAGAUAUUUUAGUUGCAAGAUCAUCACACCAGUGUACUAAAGGCUGAUUAAAUGCCUAAGAUAAAUGCCUAAGAAACUGGCCAAAUUAUAAAUGUCAAUACUUCUUCUUGGUGGGGGGGGAUUGUGUUUGUUUACAUUCUGUGGAACAGUAGUGCCCAUAAUAUCAAAAGUUCCCACAAGGGUUUCUUUUCCUUUUAAAAUAUGGACCAUGUGCACUGUUAUGUACUCUGUUAAACAGGGUGAACUGUCAGAGAAUGUUGUGAACUACCCCUUUCUAUGUUUAAUAAAAUGGUGGCUCUUAACCUA